AUGUUCCAUAACAUUAUCAAGCAAUGUUUGGCCGGAAAUACUUUGAACAUCGGCAAUGACAUAUUCCUCGUACAUUUUGCCCUUCGAUUAGCUCAACAGAAUCAAGCAGUGCUCUACAGUUUGGUUGGAUGGGGUGGAAUGACUUUGCUGGGUUCUGAUAACAAAACGGCUCGUGGAAUCUAUAAGGGAUUUGACCUUACCAGAAAAAGAUGUUCUUCAGCUCAGAAUGGCGAUAAACCGUUAACUAAAAAGGACUAUCUAAUAUUACUGACCGUUUAUAGUUUGUUAUUGGGUGCCGAAAUAUCUACGGGUGGUGUUAGAUACUGGUUCUUUUACUUCUACAGGCGUGUGAUCUUUCAAAACAAUAUGCAUAGGCAUUGA